AUGUUUGACGGCAAACGUCAAAAGUCGGGCGUUUUCAAGUCUCCGUAUUAUCCGAGCACAUACCCUGCUGAUUUGAACUGUAUUCUUUAUCAGUUUUUGGCCAACCAGAGCGAGAUUGUAAAGCUCACAUUUUGGUCGUUCAACAUGCGACGACCGGAAGAUCACAAAUGUGUGGAUUAUGUGGAUUUAUUCACGACGAUCGAGACCUCGGUAUUCGAAGAUCCACCACGAUCAAAUGGCCAGUCUCCAAGCAUGCGACAACCAGCCGACUAUCGACUUUGUGGCCCGCUAGAUAAUCUUCCUCAAAAAGAAUUUUACUCUGUCAGUUCCGUACUCAUCCUGCUUUUGCAUAGUACAUCCAGCCUGGAUUCGGAUCUGCAAUUGCGGCACGGUGGAUUUGUCGGCCAGUUCUCGUUCGAAGCAAAAGAUCAAUAUCAAUCAGACGGAAGGCUCAGUCCGGGCACGCUCUGUACAUAUCAAUUUGAUCACCGUACCGGUUCCACGUCCGGACAAUUUUUCUCCCCUCGCUAUCCAAGCAACUAUCCAGCUGGAAUUCGCUGUUACUACCGAUUUCAAGCGGCAGACCAAGAUCGCGUUGUUCUCACGUUUCGAACAAUCGAGUUAAGUCCCACGUCGACUGGCAACUCACGAGACAGAAUUGAAAGGUGUUAUGAUCCCAGUUCUACCCGACACAAAAACGAUAUGCUGCUGGUGUAUGAAACAGCUGAAAGCAUCACACAACCUUUGGCUCGAAUAUGUGGCCGUGUGAAACACGUACAGAUUGUUUCACAUGGCCCACAGUUGCGUGUGGAUUUCGUCAGUCAAGAGGACACGUUCCAAGGGAAAGGAUUUCACGCCACCUAUCAGUUUGUUCACCGCACUCAAGUUCAACCAUCUCCGUAUAUGAACAGCUCGAUGGGGAUGGCCAAACCCCGAGAACAAACUGGGAUGACUUUGGUGGCUGAUGCAGGAUUUCGUCCACCAAUGCAAAAAUCUUUGCAACAAGACGAUGGUCAUAAUAGUUCCAUCGCUUGGAUUAGUCCCACAAUGCUGCUUCCGGGACGUGACAUAACCAAUCCUUGGUCAAGAAUCAUUUACUCCAAAGGAUCUGGCAUAGACAAUACCGGUUCUGUACAAUCCCCAGGAUAUCCGGAAAAGUAUCCUGUUUCCAUCACCAUGGAUGUAUCAUUCGUCGGCAAGCCAAACGAAAUGGUGCAUCUGAGUUUUGUCAUGCUUGAACUGGGUACCUCCAGACAGUGA